AUGAAGUCGAACACGACUAACCACCGUUCAUUGUUUCUCGCAGAUGAAAGCCACGAUGAAUCGUCCGACGAGCAAGCGCAGGGCUGCCAUCGCACCGGCCAACGGACCAAACAUGCAAGGCGGAGCCUCGAUGACGUCAACAAAGAUGACGUCGCUGGGAAAACCGUCCCUGCACCGGCAACUGGAGUGAAGUCCGUGGCUGGCGGUGGUCCCGUCGAUGCUGCUGCCAGUGGUCCCUUCCCUGCUACUGCCGGAUCUUCCCCUGCUGCCGCUGCAGCCGGGUCUUCCCCUGCUGCCGCUGCUGCCGGAUCUUCCCCAGCUGCUGCUGCUGCCGGAUCUUCCCCUGUCGCCGCUGCUGUCGGAUCUUCCCCUGCCGCAGCUGCUGCCGGACCUUCCCGUUCUGCUAUUCCUGACGGUGGUUCCCCUCCUACUGAUGUGGCUCCCGAUGCUGUUGUUCCCGCCGGGACACCUUCUGCUGUUGAAGCGACGGGGCGUGCGUAUGCAACUGAUGCCGCUCGCUUCGACGAGGAAGCGCGCGCCGAACCUGAUGUGAAUGAGGAGCUUCGAACUAAGGCAGAAGCUCAGAAGGCGAUCGCCGGAGUUUAUCAGAAAGAGAAUGGUCGCCUCGCCGAAGACCUGAAAAGCGCGCUGGUGGUUAUAACGCAUCUUGCUAAGAAGACAACGCAAGUGGACCAGUCGACUCUCGACUGGAAGGUACGGGUUUGCAUUUCAUUGCCUAUCGUAACCCAGUUACAUUCGUCCUGA